AUGGGAAGAAGACCUGCAAGGUGUUACCGCCAAAUCAAGAAUAAGCCGUACCCAAAAUCCCGGUUCUGUCGUGGUGUGCCAGAUCCCAAGAUCAGGAUCUAUGACGUGGGUAUGAAGAAGAAGGGAGUCGAUGAAUUCCCAUACUGUGUGCACUUAGUCAGUUGGGAGAAGGAGAACGUGUCGAGUGAGGCACUUGAAGCUGCUCGUAUCGCUUGCAACAAGUACAUGACCAAGUACGCAGGAAAGGAUACUUUCCACCUGAGGGUCAGAGUCCACCCUUACCAUGUCUUGCGUAUCAACAAGAUGUUGUCCUGUGCUGGAGCUGAUAGGCUCCAAACGGGUAUGAGAGGUGCUUUUGGUAAGCCCCUUGGUACUUGUGCUCGUGUUUCUAUUGGCCAGGUUCUUCUCUCCGUCCGCUGCAAAGAUGCCAACAGCCACCAUGCUGAGGAGGCACUGCGCCGUGCAAAAUUUAAGUUCCCUGGUCGUCAAAAGAUCAUAGUUAGCAAGAAGUGGGGGUUCACUAAAUUCAGCCGCGCUGACUAUGUGAAGUGGAAAUCUGAGAACAGGAUUAUGGCUGAUGGUGUCAAUGCCAAGCUUCUAGGAUGUCAUGGGCCCUUGGCUAAUCGUCAACCAGGAAGAGCAUUUUUACAGUCGAGCACAACUGCUUAG